CAUUCCCCCCUCACCGCCUCGUCCUCUUACGUCCCCGUACGUCCGCCCACCACCCGGAUCUCCCCUCACCUGAGCCCCCGGGUCCGGUGACGCCCCCACCGUCGCCUACAACAACAGCGCCAGCCCGCUUCUCCCCCACCGGCCAGCCUGGAUCCCCCUACAGAUCUCGCAGUGCCCCGGAUCGAUGCAGGCAUUUGUAUUGCUCGAGUACUUUGUACGUCUUCUUCGCCUCACUCGGACGCGUGCAUGUGCCCCCGGCGCACGGUGCACUUUCCCCCGAACCAUCUAUUCCGAAAUUGCGCCCGAUGCCAUUUGCACCCUCGUAUCCGCUCCUUUAAUUGUUUAGCACCUCAAAUAUUCGUGCUCCCAGCGAUUGGUCCCCAGCCUAGACAGCUGGCCAGAACGGUGCGGGCUAAAAUCGCUGUAUCUGAUGUUCGUCUAGGACCCAUCUACCGGCUAUCCACCUCGUGGAGCACCUUUCUCGCGAGGCAACAAGGAUGCGGGGUGGUAGAGGCUCAAUCGACAGAUCGCUCCUUCUGCGAAGUGGUCCCCGAACGGCAUGCCCUCCUGCGAGAUCAACUCUGAUAGGCAGGCGUGUGCCCAGAAGCAGCCGGCGCUGGAGGAAAAUUCGCCAUUGGCCUCAAAGGGGAAUGGUUGCUGGCGCUGUUCACGUUGUUCGUAUGCGGUCCGCUCGACGGUACGACAGCAAAGCCCCCGCUGGCAGGCACUUACGGCGAUGGUGUAAAGGGCUGACGCACAAUCAGCGCUCGCUCAGACGACGGCGCUAUCACAUGCGAUUCCGCUGGUCCGAGGAUACACCAAGGGAACGGAGACACUGUUAUUGGCGAAGUUCAACACCGGGCGACCAGAAUGGCGCUCAGAGGCCACCAGUCAGGAAAAUUGAACGUCGUUUGCUGAUGAACAACGCAUCGUGUUUGAUGAUUCUGGGUAUUCAGUGUGCACUUUUGUCCCCUCGCGCCAUGACUAGCGCCGUGGCCGCAAGGUCGGACCCGGACACAAUUGUUGAGUCGAGGUAUGUAGCUGCCUGCUCAAGCUCAAGACGCGGUGUCAGUCCGAUAGUUAGGCUCCGUGCAAUCCACGUCGGCGUGCUCGCUGUAUUGGACAUGCACUGGUAUUCGUGGCGAGGAACGAUCUGACAGACUGCAUUGAACAUCGCCCGAGAGGCAUUGUUCCGCGAGGGAACGGAGGGAAUUGCCUC